AUGGACCACCCUUGGUUAGUUUUGGGUGAUUUUAAUGUUAUUCGCAGAGAUUCGGAAAGAGUUGGUGGGAAUCCUCGACCUCUUAUUUCGAUGUUAGAAUUUAACAACUAUAUAGAUCAUUGUGGUCUGUUGGAGACAUCUAGUUCUGGCCAGAACAUGUCUUGGUGUAAUGGGCAUCGGAGAGUGUCUAGAAGUUGGGCAAAACUUGAUAGAGUGCUCAUGAAUAAUGUUUUUGCCAGCCUCUUUCCUUCUGUUCACUUCAAUUAUUUGAGCCAUAAAUCUUCUGACCAUUGUCCGAUGGAUGUGGCGUCUGGGCUUCUUAAGUUUUCUAUUCGUCUGAAAAGAACCAAGCUAGCGGUUCGUGCUUGGAAUAAAAAUGUUUUUGGUAGGGUGGAUGUGAAUAUUCGUGCGCUGGAAGAGAGGUUAGAUUUUCUGGAAAACCAGCUUCAAUCUGGUUUCUCUGAGGAGCUUGAGGAUGAUUUUGUGGCUACAAAGACCGAGAUAGAAAUAUGGGAGAAAAUGGAAGCUUCUCGUCAGAGGCGCACUAAGGGGCUUCUCGUCAGAGGCGCACUAACACCGAGAUAA